CUUUGGUUGCUCAAGUGGUAGUAGCUCUCUGUUUGGUGAAAUGGAUGAUAAAUACCAGGUACUGGAUUAUGGUUCUUUCCACCAAGGCAUUGACGGAAGUGGUUUUGUUCACACAGGCUUUGAGUUUAAUGCUAUCAUGGAAGGUUUGGGCAAAAAGAGAGGCAGUGAUAAUAGUAAAGACGCUAAGCAUUUUGCCUUGGAGAAGCAAAGGAGAGUCCAAUUCAAGGACAAGUUCCAAGCCUUAAGGAAGUUGAUUCCUAAUCCCACAAAGAAUGAUAGGGCAUCAAUUGUGGGGGAUGCUAUUGUCUACAUAAAUGACCUCAGGAACAGAGUGGCAAAGCUUGAGGCUGUUAUAGAGAAGAAGAGAAGCAUCAGGGAGAAGAUGCAGAGGCAGAUCACAUCAGAUGGGAAGCCUGAGGAUGAUAUGGACCAACCUUACAAUGUCAAUAUUGGAUCAUCUUCAAUGAGAUCCAGUUUCUGGUUCCAGAAAAAAUCCAAGAAUGCAGAAGUCGAUGUUCGUGUAAUGGCAGGCGAAGUUACAGUGAAAAUUGUCCAGCAGAAGGGGAGCAACUGCCUUCUCCCAGUUUCAGGUGUUCUUGAUGAGCUCCACCUUGAUCUGCACCAUAUUGCUGGAGGGAUAAUUGGCGACCACUAUAAAUUCCUGUUCAACUACAAGAUCUUUGAAGGUACCACAUUAUAUGCUAGUUCCAUAGCCAACAAGCUCAUUGAGGCUGUGGAGAAAUCAGUACACACCCAUAGCUAAUGAAAUGAUGUCCUAUAAUAUAUAUAACUUCGAUCAGAUUUUUCUGGAAAAGCAUCAACCUUCAUUUACCAUGGCGGAAAAAGAUAGGAUGCUUUUCUUAUUCUUGUUACAGGCAUAUCUAAGAGGGUGAAUUUGUAUAAGUGAAUCAAGAGAUCUUUUUUAAUUUAAACUGCAUCACAUUUCAUCACUA